CCCUGCCCCCACCUCCCCGGGCGGGGAGGGGGUCUCGGCGUCCGAGGCUGGUGGUCGGGACGCCCAAACCAGCGAGGGGAAGGGCCCCGGAGAUCCUUCCCUCAGACCCCAGCGUUCCUGCUGUCUGGCCCAUCCCGGUCGCAAUGCUCUCCUCUUUGUGGUCCCCUUUCCCCAGUUGCUCUCCUGCCGCCAUGCCGCCCCUGCCGCUCCUGCCGCCCCUGCGCCUGUGCCGGCUGUGGCCCCACAGCCCUCCCGCCCGGCUCCUCGGGGCGGCCGCCGGGCAGCGGUCUGGCCCCACUAACUACUAUGAACUGCUGGGGGUACAUCCUGGAGCCAGCGCUGAAGAAGUUAAACGAGCUUUCUUCACCAAGUCCAAAGAGCUGCACCCUGACCGGGACCCCGGGAACCCGGCCCUGCACAGCCGCUUUGUGGAGCUCAAUGAGGCAUACCGGGUACUCAGUCACAAGCAAAGCCGCCACAACUAUGAUCAUCAGCUCCGGUGGGCAAGCCCCCCGAGGUCCCCAGGAACCACAGCCCACCCCAGGCCAGCCAGCUAUGCACACAGCAGCUCCUGGGAGCCUCCGAACGCACACUACUGGGCCCAGUUCCAUGGUGUGAGGCCGCAAGGGCCCGAGUUGAGGCAGCAGCAGCACAAACACAACCAGCGGGUGCUGGGGUACUGCCUCCUGCUCAUGCUGGCAGGCAUGGGCCUGCACUACGCUGCCUUCAGGAAGCUGGAGCAGAUGCACCGAAGCUUCAUGGAUGAAAAGGACCGGAUCAUCACAGCCAUCUACAACGACUCGCGGGCCCAGGCCAGGGCCAACAGAGCCAGGCUCCAGAAGGAGCGACAGCAGAGGCGGCAGCAGUCGCCGUCGCCACCCCGGUCUCCUCAAGACCCCGGGAUCGUAUCCCCGGGCGCCAGCCCCUGAGGGGCUCGCCUGGAUGGCGCCUGCGCUGUGUCCUCCUCUGGCUUCCCUCCCGGGGCUCCCCACUCCCCCAAACGCGUGCAAUAAAGUGAUUUUCAGAG